AUGAGAUCGGAGGGUCUUAGUCCGCAGAUGGCGAUGCCGGCUUCGUACGUGCUUCAUCAGAAGAAGGUGUCGGGGCACCAAAGGGCCUACAGCAAGGAGAACCGGCGGUUCGAGAGUUACCCUCACUCGGCGCUGGGACUGGGUGGAUCGGCACUGGGCGAUUCGGAGGCGCUGUACAUGGCGGAUGCACAGCUGCCUCUGGGUGUCGUCGAGUACCCGGAGUACGGUCUGCCAGCACACUAUUAUCAGCCUGAGCCUCACGGCAUGCACAGUCGCAGCCGCUCGCAACGUGGGCGCCCACUACUGGCGCAAUCUCCCGGAGCCCGGUCCAUCGGCCACGCGCGGAUGGCAAGUGGCGCGGGUUCCAUCUCGCCCUUCGCCACUCUCGGAGUCCCGACCCUCCCGACCGUGACCGUGAUGACCUUUUGCCAGGAUGUCUUCAUCGAACGACAUGGCGCACUACAACUGCUCUGCGUACUCAAUAAAGUGCCUCUAAGGUUGACUGUGUUGAAGUCUACCGACGACACUCGUCACAUAGUGGACAGUUUGCAGAUGCGGCCUGGCGGUUUGUUGACCCCUUCAUACCCGGUAUUACAGUUGGGACAACGGUGUUAUGUAUUGUAUCUGGCAUCUGCGCGCGUGUUGGCACGACACUUGGGUAUGUAUGGUGUGGAUUUGGAUGGUGACUACUACGCUGACGCGAUCGCAGAGAGGUUGCAGCGAUGGUUCGAUUACCAGGACCGGGCGGUGGGUAAUUUGAAGGGGCUACGAUCAGCUCUUCGGCGGAAGGACAGAGGGGAGCGGGUUGCGCAGGAUAGGAAACAACUGGCGGACUACCUGUCUCACCGGCCGUACCUGUACCAGGUGUUAGCCGAAAUGCUCGGCUCCUGGAAACAUUUAUACAGACCCGAUUGCCCAUCUGCCAACUGGCUAGACCCACUCUUUGCCACACAUCUCACUGACGACUUAAUCAUCGACUUGUUCCUCUGGCCACAACACCUCACAUCUUGGACACGUACACAGGAACUUAUACGAAGCGCCCAGGGCAUAGAUUCAAACCCCAUAACCAGCAACCUACUUGACGUCGGACCCAUCAACAAUUCACCCACGAGUCUCAGCCAAGUGAUUCCAUACGAACACCGACUCACCGUCGACGCGCUGCUGAACGCAUCCUACAUCAAGUCACACUUCACCCAACUGGUUACUUACUUCCCAGACAUCGGCCGCUUCCUGGCCUCGCGGAUUCUCUGGGUUAUGCGCGAAUCAUCAAACACUGCCAGCAGCACUCCUCAACCCAACUCUGUAGCCCCCACUGGCCCCCUUACCAGUUCACAGCUCCGACCCCAGCCUGGCGCCCAGACUGGCGCCCAGGCUGGCGCCCAGGCUGGCGUCCAGGCUGGCGUCCAGUCGAGCGAUAAACUCGGCGCCCAGACGAACGAAAACGUUGGCACCCAGCCGGCAAGUAGCACGAGCUCCAGAGAAACAAAGCUUGCUAGCGCCCAAAGUGCCGAAGGCUGGACCGGCUGUGUGCAGGAUCUGCGGCCCGAGACACAAGCCGCAAGAAAGGCUCCAUGCUUGCAGCAAUGGCCGUCAGAUCCAGCACUGGCGCAACGGCAGUCUUACUAG